UUCUGCUCAAUAAAUUUUGGGAUUUUGUCUGUAUCGUUUAUGAAGGUCGAGUUCCUAUGAGAUUUUUGAAAAUCUCAGUUCUACCUGUCCUGACAUCACUGACUUGCCAAGCGAACUCACUGAGUACUGUCUUUUCCAGUAGUAUUAGAAGAAUGUCAUCAGAGGUGGAAAAAGCCAAGGCUUCUGCACAUACUCAAGGACCUACAAUUUUUUCGAAAAUUAUUAGCAAAGAAAUUCCAGCUGAUAUUAUUUAUGAAGAUGAUGAUUGUCUUGCCUUUAGAGAUAUCAGUCCUCAAGCUCCAACUCAUUUUCUAGUUAUUCCAAAAAAGCAAAUUCCGAUGCUCGAUUCGGCAAAUAUAGAACAUGAAAAGUUGUUAGGUCAUCUAAUGCUUGUAUGCAGUCAAGUCGCUCAGAAAGAAGGAUUAACUUCGGGUUACCGUGUAGUUGUGAAUAACGGUCCUGAUGGUGCUCAAUCUGUAUAUCAUUUACAUCUUCAUGUCCUUGGUGGCCGACAGAUGGGAUGGCCACCUGGUUAGAUAGUUGUAUAAUAUGUAUUACUUAUUACCAGUGAAAUUAAAUAUAUUUUGGUUUUCCAAAUACGAUUUGUAAAUAUGUAUUAGUUUUUUCC